UCGCGUGUAUAGUUCGGUGCGACGGCUCUCCCAAAACACCGUUUUCGCGUGCCGUUUUUGUAUACGUUUUGUGCGCGUGCAUGUGCGUGUUUAUUUGUUUUUCUCACGUACCUCUUACCGUUCGCCCAUCCGCAAUAGCCGCCGACAGCGAUGCUGUUCAAAGGGAACAGUAGCCGUCUGCAGUUGCUCAUCGAAAAAAUACAGUCCAACAACAAGGACACCAACGACGAACACGAUAUCGAAGGUAUGGAUGGGUUAUAACGACCCGCGGUCGGAGAUACGAUUCCGCGUUUUACUAGUACCUGCAUGGUUAUUGUCGUUGGAUUUUAUACAGUUUCGAGUGACGCGGCCGGGUAAAAAUUUUCGGGCCGGCGGCGGUUGUUUAAUUUCGCGGAUUUUUCUGCGCGGUCCGCGAAAAUGUCGAAUAUUAUUGUUUUCCGUGACGAAGUCGCGAGACAACCGUUACGGUAAUUUCGUCGAAACGCAGUCGACGAAAACGUAUUUUCUUUCCCGCCGUCGCAGUGGGAUUACACCCCGCGGCAGUCGCGCCGCCGAGCGUAUCCCGGCAUUUUUGUUUUUCCUGCACGCUUUCCCCCCCCUCGGUAGAUUUUCGAAAAUCGCCCCCUAUCAAUCGAACAUAUGCUAGAUGAAUUGUUUUAAAUUUUCGACACGAUGGUAAAUCUGCACAUUUUCGUAUUUCCUGUGUUCGUCCCCGUCGCUAUGUAUUACCCUCCGCCCGCGCAGUGUCCAAAGGCGCUUUCCCAUAGAGAGAGGAAUUUCCUUAUCCCUCGUUGAGAAACUCCGUUAUAAAUAACGACACUUGUUACCGAUGUCUUUUUCCCUUUUUUCUGCCGAUUACCGUCGAAUCCGCGGCAAAUUAUCGAAACGGAAUUGCAAAUCCGCCUUUAUGCACGUAAUUGAAAUACGAUAUUUGUUUUCGCAAGUUUCAACAUUCUAGGUCUACUAUUAUGAUUACGGUUUGCGUCGUAUUUCAGAGUAUUUCUUUUCGCCGUUAUCCGAGCGUUUUCGAGCCGCGGGAGAGCAUUUCGUUCGGUAUUUCUCAACGUUCGAUAUAUUACUGUAAUAUUCGUGAAACUGUCGUAUAGUAAUGCAGGCACGUGGAAAAUCGUCAAUGUAAUUACAACGAAUAUGCCGUCGGAAAUUCAAUACGGUUUGUGUUGCAUCUGUUUUUAUUUCUAUCGUGCAAAGCGGGGUGUUUUUUACGAUUUUUUUUUCUUUUCCGAAAUCCGUUUUUUAUUUGAUAUUUCGACUUGGGGGAAUCGCGGUGACGGCGUAUAUUUUAGUCGAUCGAAACCGGACAAAACUGUGUGACGGAUUUCAAUUUACGGAAACGUAUUAUGAAUUUUUAAUUCGGAACAUCGCUUUACUACGUUGGAUAUGUCGGAAAUGUUCGAAAAUUUACUGGGGAAUAUUUGUCCUUUUGUUCGCGAUAAAAAAAAAUUCAAAUUUAAAAAAAAAAAAAAACGAUUCCAAUGUAUCCCGUGUAGUCGAGCACCUAACGGAACCGUGCAUAAUACACCAAAUCGAAAUCCGUCAAACGAGGAGAUCCCUACAGUUUUUUUUUUCGGUCCAAAACGUCCGCGUAUUUUAUUCGUCCGUGAAAACGACCGUACCCCCCCUCCCCCCGCUAGUCGUUGAAUCCGUUCCCUCAAACGGGGUUGUUAUCGGUCGUCGAAAAAUUCCGCAAUCAACAAAACAAACAAAACGAUAACAACGUUCGCAUAACCGGUGAAUACCCGUAAAUCCGCGAAAUCGCAAAUAAUUCCCCCGGCGAUGAUGGCGCCGGUUUAUCAUGCCGCCGUCGCGAUAGUGACAAACAAUAAUAUCGCGGCGUUCCGACACCGGGUGUGUGCACCAGCGAAUAUCGCGCGCGGUGUUCGAUAAACUUCGUUCGCAACAGCCUGGUGCGUCCAUUAUAAACAUUGUAAUAUUACGCGUCGUGUGGUCGUCGGGACGUUCGCGCGUCCAACGGCGGGCCGUGCCGUGUUGUUUUUCCCGCGUACGGGCUGCCGGUCGUCACGUUCGCGGCGGGUCCGAAUUAAUAAUCGACGCGGUAAAACCGACGAAUUCGGUGGGCCUCCGCGGUUCUCGAACAAACAAUAACGACGGGCGCGCCAUAUUUCGCGAUGCGCGCGCGUUCGCGGUGUGCGAUAUAAUAAUAAACGUAUUUUGUCGUGCCGGUCGUUCUGUUUACACCGGCGCCUUCUGGACAAAAAAAAAAAAAAAAAAAAGGCUGACGAAACGUAGAACUUAUCGUAUCUUUUUAUUAUUAUUAUUUAUUUUUUACACGGUGUACGCAAUCACUGUUCCUUUAGGGAACAAUAAGAAUAUGUGGUGAUCGAAGAAAAAUAGAUACACGAUUAAUUGAUGAGAGGAGUCGCCCACCGGGGUAACACCGACAUUACUCGAUGAAAUUUUAUUUUUUAUUCAAUGUAUAUUGUUGUACUUUAGAUCAAUCGUUGACGAGGUCUCGACACCGUUUCCUCUUGAGCCUCCUGGGGGAAUUGUGGAAGUGGCAAGGUUUAAAAUGAGGGCGUUGGUAUGAGCAGGGAGUUUUGAGUGGAAUCGUUUGUAAAUGGUUAUUGCUUCUCCGUGGACUGUUUUAAUUUUUAGAUCGGUGUGUAGGAUUAGGUUUGAGAUGUAAGGGGGGGGAAUUCGUGAUUUUACGAAGGAUGUUAUUUUGGAAGGUUUGAAUUUUAUUGGUGUUGGAUUUUUUGACAUUGCCCCAGAGCUAAAGACAAUAGGUCCACAUCGGCCUAAAUAAGGAUUUAUAAAUUAACAGUUUAGUAUUUAAUGGAGUGUGUUUGUUGUUGGAGAUUAGAGUUUUAAGGAUGCGGAGUCGCGCGUUUAUGGCAAGCCUUUUAAUUUCAAUGUGUUGCGACCAUAUGAGACGACGGUCAAUUGUCAGACCUAAGUAGUUUUUACCGUUUUUUUUUAGUAAUUUAGACGAUUGAGAGGAAGGGAUUAUCGCACCUAAUAUGGUAAUUCCAGGUUCUGAGCGUAGUGCGAACAUUAUUGGUUUCAUCGCGGUGCGCGAAUUUUUUUUCCAUCGUCCGUGAACCACUUUUCUAACCGGAAAUCUCGCUCCGAUCAACUUCCGGGCUGAAAUAAGUUUCUGGUUUGAUGUACUGCAGGUGGUACUUGUAUGCCGUAUAGUUGAUAGUGCAGCGUCGGGAGAUCGUGUUUUAAUUUUCUUCGGAGUUUUUCUGAUAACAGGCGAAAAAUUAAGAGUUAUAUUCCUUUUUGUUUCUUGCUUGUUGUAGUAAUCAUCAGAGAAAAAUAUCCAACCGAAACACAUUCAUCGAAUACUCGUGUAAUAUUAGUAUUAUGUAGACGUGGUGCAACUGUCAAAAUAUUUUGACGUUUUCCUGGUCGAUUGUAACCAUUUGAAAUUGUGGAGUAUUUUUUUGGUUUAGUUGGAUUUUGUCAGCGUGUCGAAAUCGAAAAUACAUGUUAAAAUUCGUUUAAAACGCGAUAACAAAUUGGAAUUUAAACCGUUUUGCUACAAAUUAAUUCAAUUGUCAAAACAUGUAUUACCGAACUCCUCUCGGAAUCGUUUUUCGUUUGCAACGAUUGUGGACAAAAAUCUAAAAAUUAACCCGUACAUCGUGUACCGUUCAAAUUUCUCGCCUACAACAGUCUUUUUUUUAAAUUUUUUUUUUUAAAUAAUUUCUAUGAUAUUUACCAGUAUUAAAUAAUGGCGCUUUUUUUUUCGUUAAGGGUUAUUUGCAUAUCAGGGAUCGGCCGUUAUUCGCGCGGUCAUUUCACUCGCUGGAGAAAACGACAACAACACAAUACGCAAAUGAAAAAUAUAUUUUCUAAGCGCCGCCGCCACCGCCGUAUGUUUCGCCCCGACCGACACUCGCUCCAAAUUAUUAAUAAUAAUAAUGCGUAUUUACAUAAAUGACGUUGACAGUUUUAUCCGCGGGUUCACAAAUGUGUUUUAACAAUAUUUUAUUUGUUCCCGAAAUCGUUCGAAACUCAACUACAUUGUUAAUGAUAAAUAACACGACGCUUAUCCUCGAAACAACAGUUCAAUUGUUAUUAUUUAAGAUAUUAAAACUUACACGCGGUAUACACGAUGAGCAAUAUCAAGGUGUAUAAUAAUGUACUUAAAUAUUGGGUUAGUAAAAUUACGCUUCGUGUUUUUUUUUUUUUUUUUUUUUAUACAUGUUCAAUUUUUUUUAUUAUAAAAACUAAGAGAAUAUCAGAAUAUAUAUAUAUAAAAAACAAAAAAAAAAGCUGUCCUAGGAUAUUGAGAACGUCGUAGGUGGGAAGUUGGGAGUGUAAGAUAUAGACUGGAAUUUAAUGUAUAUCUCUGUGAUUCGUCCGUUUUGUUCAAUGCUUGCAAUCAAAUAAUCGUUGCCAAACGCUUUAUAAAAUAUUUUUAUCACUUAAAUGUUUAUUUAAAUGUUUGUUGGAUAUUUUACGUUAUCCGAAAAAAACCUUGUGCUUUCAACACAUGAUUUUCGUUUGCUUUUGUUCGUGUUAAUUCAAAGCAACUAGAGACUUCAAAACAAUAAAAGCAAAAGACUGACAUACUUCGCACGUAGGUGAAACUAUUGUUGUAGGUAGAAAGUUAGGAAGGCAGGAUAUAGACGAGAAUUUAAUGUGCAUCUGUGAGCAACGAUAAACUAUUGCUAACGAAAAUACGAUUCUGAGCGGAGUUUAGUUGAUAGUGUUGUUUUAUCAAAAAUAUAUAAGUCAUAUUAUGGUAAAAUUAUUACAAUAGUGUGCGUUUCCACGACAUCAAUGAUUGUAUAAGAAAUAUUAAAAUAAUAUAAACUUAAUAAUAACAAAAAAUAAAUAAAAUGGUUGCCAAUGACAACUGUUUUUUAAUCUUUUUCAACCGACAGAAUCAGCUUUUUCUCAUUGUGUCUCGAAUAUUAAUGAUAAUUUCAAAAAAUGACCUAUUGAAAGUACCACCCAGAGAACAUUUCCUUUCAAAAAUGGUGCUAUACUUGAUAAUCGGAUUAAGCUUCCUGGUAUAAAAAGUGUUAUAAAGACAAAAAAAAUAAACAUCAUAAUACAAUCCUCGCUCCGCUCUAAGAACCUAAAACGAUUGCAUGAUGUAUACAACAUGAUAAGUAUAUACGCGUGUAAAGCAAAACAUUUCCGUGUAACAUUACUAUAACGUAACCUUACGUGGGGGGGAAUGUUUUGUAAUUUGGCGGGAAUAUUUUACGUCAAUAUUGGAUUACAAAAUCCGAUCGUCUGACCGCCAACCCAUAAUCCGGUAAAAUUGCAUCCGUUUUACACCGGUUACCAACUUUUAAAUCUCUGUAGGUUAGAUUAUAUGAAUUUUUUGUUUUUUUUUUUCUUUCUCCCCAUUAUUAAACGUACGUUUAAAACGUUCGAACGGCCGCCGUACGCGUUGUGCAUAUACCGUUAAAAUAUUGCGAUUUUUUUUGCGUUGCCCGCAAGUCCCGCUCACAGUGUCACACACGUGUGUGUGUGCGUUUGACUUUCCGUAUUUUUCGCGGUAAUAUUUUGACAGGUUUCCAAUAACAAUGUAUUGAUUUUAGGAAAACGAAUAAAAAAAAAAAAACCGAGAUUUUCCGUUAAACGUUGCGGUUUUCGUGCGUGUGCUCCUGUCGUUUCGUCCCGUGACGCAUAUUAUAAUGACCCGCCCGCCGUCGGUACCGAACGCACCCCGAAACGAAGACUCCGUGUUAUUAUUUCGCCGUGCGCGGCAAUUUCGCUUCGUAAAUAAUUUUCGGAGGUCGGAACGAGUAUUUGCGACGCGAUGUUUCCGGAACAAGCGUGGACUCGCUGCGCGCGGGCACGGCAAACGAAUAUUUUAAACGCUUGUAGAUCGUUUUCGGUUAUAGUUUUAUAGGCCUUUAUGCGUUUUUAUGACGCAGCGUUAUCGCGAUUGCGCCUAUUUACACCGGCGAUAAUCGACAUUUCCCGACGUUGUUUGUGUUCCCCGGUCUCGGCGGGGUUAUCAGUCGCGUUAUGACGCGCGGCGUAAUGGCCAUUUCCGGCUUUUGCCGCGCCGAGUGACGCACCGGCGGCGUGAGGUGGGUGGGUGGAAAUCCAAAGCCGAACCCCGCAGAGUCGCGGGCGCCGUCGUCCGGCCCGGCGGAACCCCGCGUCAACUCCGCUCCGCUCCGUCCGUCCGUCCGCCCCCCCUCCCCGCGACACCUUUGCGCGCCGCGUCGACAAACCGAACGAUAAUCCGUUCAACCGGUUCGAAUCCGCCCGCGCGCACGGAGAGAGCGCCGGGCAGAUAAUGGCGUUGUGAACGGACCGGACACGGGGGUUACGCGGCGACGGGAUCAUUCGCGGGGUCGGUAACGUCGCCGCGAUAACAUUUGACACGACGGGCGUCGUCGUGAUCCGGCGGCUGGCCCGUCGUCGAUCCCGUAAUAAAACCGAGUCGCGUCACCCAGUAAAAUACCGACGACGUAUCGAACGGACUUGUAUACGGCACACGGUAGAACGGGCUCGUGUUAACGGCCCUCGAAGGACCCACGGAAUCAUCCGGACGACAUCGUUGUUAUACCCGGAUGACACGAACAAAAACGUCGACUUUUUUGAAAAAUCGAUUUUAACAAACACAUUUUUCUGUUAUUAUACACAAACCGCCUUAUUUUAAAUUUUGCCACGUUGUCCGUGGUGAGGUUGGACUGGGACGUCACGUGCGGGCGAACCCGACCUAUUAAUAAGUGCAUUCCUGGACGUUCCGGGGGACGUGAUACUACGCUCCACUCGCUUGGCAAAGGCAAAAAAAAAACCGUUUUACCCGGCAUGAAACGUAUAAAACUUGUAACUCUUUCGUUAUCCGUGUAUAGUGGAGUCGCCGACGUUUCCGAACGCAACGGGAUAAUUCGUACGGUGUGUGUGGCAACAGCGCUUAGUAUUAUUUCUGAUAGCGCCGCCCGUAGCCGAUAAUUUUUAAUAAGCAAAUGAAAAAAAAAAAAAUAAAAUAAAUACUCUCCGCGCUAUUCGUCCACCGUAGUACCUCCACGCGAUUCACAGUAUAUACUGCAGCACGGGAAUCGAAUAGAAACAACGGAAUUCGUGUUGGGCGGUGUGUUCGGGAAAUUGUUUUGCGCCGGCCAUUUCGCGGAAUAUUUUUCGUCCGAACAUGGCAUUUUGUCGUUUUUUUUUUUCUCUUCCGAAUUUCGCAACCGCAGUUCAACACGACUGUAUUGUAAAAUUGUGAUAAAAAAAAUAACCUCUCCGGCCGUCGACGCGGGGACCCCGAGGUAGUACGACGUGUUCGACUCGUGACGAGGCGCACCAUUCGCAGUGUUUCGUAGCGCCGUCGCCGGAUUCCCGAACGCGCGACGACAUUAACGCGGUGUGCUUGUGGGUACCGCGGUUCCGCCGAACGUGUUAAUUGAAACAGAUAAGCCCGUCGCCGCGUGAAAACCUAAUGGCCGAAAAACGCGUUAGUCGCCGUUGUUAUUACAAUGACAUAAACAGAAGAGGUCGUCGCGUCACGCGUGGAGAAUGCGAUUGACGGUGCGCCACAACUCGGCGACCGUCGGCGGCGGCGGCGGCGCGGGAGUAGUGGAUCGACGACGUUUGCGGGGACCGGGGUCGCGGGGGGUUGCGGGUAGGGAUGCGAAACGGUCGGAGGGGCAUCAUCGUAUUCGGCUCGAAACGACGGAAUUGUUGUAUUUCUGUUCUUACGAAUAGCGUCCGGUCAUUAAACGCGUCUAACAAUCGGAACCACGGUGAUUAUUACGUACGCCGCCCGUACGACACGCGGAGACGAAAACGCCGGUAGCCCCGGCACACACCGCGCGUAACCGCCGUGUACCUACUUGUGUGUGUGUGUGUGUGUGUGUACACGUACCGGUUAAGGCGAGGAGCACAUGCGACGGACGGUGGCGCGCGCAAAACGAUGCACGUGGGCGUGCGUGUGGCACGCGCGUAGGCAAGCGAUCCGCCGCCGCCGCCGCCGUAAACGAUAUAAUAACCGACGCCCACUGGGCACCCGAUCCCGGCGGUGUCGGUGGAGUUUAUCGUCGCGUGACGGGACGGACGACGGCGAUGACGUGCGUACGCAAUAAUACGCCGCCCGUAAUUUAACGAAAACGAUAAACAUCGUCGCCGCGCCGAUCGCGAACCUAGUGCGGUCGUACGGCCGGCCCGGGCGCCGACGAGACGGACGGAACGUCCCGGUCGGGCGCGUUGGGUUAGGGCCGUCGUUAUUGUAACGACGUCAUUUGUAUUUUUGUUGUUGUUGUUGUUGUUGUGAUUUUGUUACUGAUAACGCGUCGGUUUUACAGAAGCGCUGAGCGGCGUCGGCGAGGUGAGCACCGAGGAGGCCGCUUCGUCGUGGAGCUCGGCCGUGUCCGAGGACCACACGUCGCCCGACAGCUGCGCCACGACCAACAGCGGGCCCGGUUCCACGGUCGAACAUCACCACAACAAUCACAAUCACCAUCGUCACCGGCCGUCGUCCGUGUACAACACGGCGGCGGCCGCGGCCGCGGCCACCGCAGCCGCGGCCACGGCCAACCCGAACGACGCCAACCCGUACGCGUGUCAGUAUUGCGACAAGACGUUUCCCCGGGGCAGCUACUUAAAAAAACACGAACAGGUGGGUGUUUUUUUUUUUUUUUUUUCAUAAUUAUUAUUUAACUCUAUAACAAUCGACUAUUUAUGAGUCACUAUAAUAUUAUAUUAAGUUAAUUAUAGCAAGUACAUUGUGUUGUCGUACAGGCUGAUCCGGGGAGAUUAUUUUGCUAUGUAUCUGACAACGGUUGCCCGCGGAGAUUUCACUAAAGAAUCCGGUUACUUUCAUAUUCCUAUUUACAAACCCUUCGCCCUCAGUCCGUAUGUACACGUAAACGCGAUGUAUCAACCGCCAGUUUUCAAAUAACCCAUUUUUAUUUUUAAACUUUUCUCGAUAUGCGCACAACACGAUUUUUUAUACGAAUAAUAUCAGUUUAAAAUCUAUACCGGACGAGCGUUAUGGGGAAGGCUAAUUAAUUGCGUGUCCGUAUUUAUAGAUGCCUAACUCUUUAGAAUCGCUCUGUAUUGCUAUACGGUUAGGGGGUGUGAAACGUGUACGACGCGUUAUCCCGAGUUAAGACGGUACCGACACAGCCAUUAUUAUAACCGUUGUAACGUGAUAAUAUUGUCAUAUUGUCGUUAUAAUAAUUAAUAGCCACUAUACAUUGUUAAUUUAUUAAUUGUAUUAAUCGUAUUUUCACGUGUCUCGACGGUGUGGCGAACUAUUUUUUAAUUGGCCGGACCGAUUUUUGUUCAUGCGAUACACCAUACACCCUUGUUGUUCGCCGGCCAGAUGAUAUUAUUGUUGGUAUUAAAACCAAUCUUAAUACGUUGUUCAAAAUUAUUUUGUAACGCAAUUUAUAAUAGUUUUUCGUUCGCCCGGAAACCGGGACCGAAUACCGUCCAAACACACCCGAACAACACUAUCACCACGACACUGUUCACAACUAUAGGCGCGAUUGGCAGGAGGAUCGCAGAGGGUGUCUUGCACUCGCGAAAUUUAUGUUAGCUGCGGCAUCCCCAACAAUUUGCCCAAAAUUCGGCCAACUCUGUGAAGAGUUAUCUAUACAUCCAUAACCGUACUGAAAAUAUAUAUAAAAAAUAAAAAAGACAGACAUACUUCGCACGUGGGUACAGCCACUGUUAUAGGUGAGAAGUUGGGAAGGUAGAACACAGACGAAAAUUUAAUGUGCAAUUGUUAGCAACUUUAAACCACUGUUAACGAAAAUACGAUUCUGAGCGGAGUUCAGUUGAUAGUGUUGUUUUGUGAACAAUAUUGAAUGCCAUAUUAUGAUAAAAAGUAAUUACACUAUUGUGCGUUUUCAUGACAAUGAUUGUUUAAGAAAAAUUAAAAUAAUUAAAACUUAAUAAUAACAAAAAAUAAAUAAAAACUGUUGCCAAUGACAACUGUUUUUUAAUUUUUCAAUAUUUUUUUACCUAAAAAACCAGAUUUUCCUCAUUAUCUCGAAUAUUAAUUUUUAAUUUAAUUUGAGAAUUUCAAAAAAUGACCUCUUUAAAGUACCGCCCAGAGAAUAUUUCCUUUCAGAAAACGUGCUGUAAUUGAUAACCGGAGUAAGCUUUCUGGUAGAAAAAGUGUACACAUAAAAACAUAAACAUCAUUAUAAAACAUCGCUCCGCUCAGAAUCUAAAAUAAUUGAUUCUAGUAUUGGAAACGAAAUUUCUUGUGAAAAUUAUGAUAUAAAUCGGCGUAAUAUACAAAUAUAAUGUAUUAUAUGUUUUUCGACGUAUAAAUUAGGAUGUUAAAAAAUCUAAGCACACGAGUUAUAUAAUUAUUCAAUUAUACACUAACGGACUUGCGUGUAGUUUUCUCACGCGAGACGAUGUCGUUUGUGAGUAUCUGUAUAUUUUGUUUUCGGCUCAAUUAUAUUGCACAGUACGUUUAUAUUCCGGACUAACAAAUCGAAAAAUACCGUCAACCUGGAGUGACGAAAUCGAAUUGACUUUCUGUCGACACUAGAGGAUCCAGGGUGUGGCGAUGCGGGAAAUCGACGUGGUCACGAAUGUGUGCCGCACAUGAAUUUUCAAAACCUUCCCAUUUCCCGUUAUCUUGUCCCGGAUCAGCCCCCGCGGCCCGCCUGCAAAUAUUAUCUACGGAUCUUGUAAUAACGUUUUACUAUUAAUCCGGAUUAGCGACGGAGACGACGCAGUGGGUGUAAACGAAUGUACAAGGUUUUAAGAAGUCGGCACGGGUAUAUAACAGCGGAGAUUUGUAUACAAUUUUAUUCGGCUAAUCGGCGAAUGAUGUAGCGAGACGGCCAUAUAGAAUGCAUGGCGAGAGUCCGAAGAGUCCGCCGAAACGUAUCCUGUUUUUCGGCGGAGGGACGCGACUCUUCGAGGGGUUGGUGCCUGUGCAUCGGCGGGCUCUGCGACAACAAUAAAAACACGUUAACAAUACACCGUGUAUUCGAAUAAUGCGUCGAAAUUUUACGGUUUUUUUUUUUUUUUUUUUUUUUUUUUUAUUUUAAGUUUUCGUCGUUGUGCGCCAACAUAAUAUUGUACAAUAAUAUAAUAAUGUACCUAUCUGUUUGAACUUUUCCCCGUGACUCUCGAAAAUUAUUCGUCUCGUUUGCGAUGGAAGUUGUAGCGUGCGCGUGAGCGUUUUACGGGCGUUAUUGUCUUCACGCACGUUUUCAACCGUUCAACACCGUUAAAAAAAAAAAAAAAAAAUAUCCAUGUGUCAAAAGCCCAUUCCAAUAAUAGUAUACGGUUCGUAGAUUUUAAAAUUACACAUUUUAUCCGUGCAAAGAUAAUAAUGUCGUAUUGUACAGAAAUCGCGUACACUGUCGGAUCGGGUACCGAACAGAAAUCGUUGGCCACCCUGCGUCAUUCGUAGCAGGUAUACAGGCCUACUGUGUUUUAUCGGACCCGUGUACGUAUCGUGGCGAUAAUAAAAAUCGCUAUUAUAAAUAUAGAUCGGCGCUUGAGAGUAUAUUAUUAUUCUUCAAUUCGAUUUUUUUUUUCUUCUCCAUGAAAUUUCUGUCGGCAAUAUAAUAUACUUGGCAAGGAUAUCACAAACCAGUCGGACGAACAAUAUAAAAUAUAUAUUAUGUAUUCAUUAUUAUAAUACAGCAGGUAAAAAUCCAACGGAUUCAAAACCGUAUUAUUAUCUGUGCCCGAACAGACGAUGACGGGACUGCAGUAAUAAAACGACCCGCUCUCCAUAUAUUGACAAACGGACUAAUGUUAUGUUCGUGUGAAUAAUACGCCAUAAUAAUAUUAUUGUGUGUUACUGUCCUGUUACUAUCCCAGCAGCAGUCACUAUACUAUAACAUGUAUACACACAAUAAUGUUUGUCGUAUUUGGAUUUUGAAAAUUGAGCCAUUUUAAGACCACGUGCCGAUAUAGUUUCGUAGAUCCCUUCGGUUAUUGAAAUUACGCGUCGGCCAUCGGGUCCUCGUCGUGUUUUAUUCGUACAUGAGUAUGUAGUUUAACGUACAAAAUUAAGGACAUGGCCGGUGUCCCCCAAAAAGGGACAUUUCCAUUUUCCGCCGAUUCAAGUUUUCGCCAAAUAAUAAAUUUGGUCGAUUCCCUUUUCCUCCAAAAUCGUACCUUUAUCUUUUCCGCUAAUUCACUUGUCCGCCGAAUGAAAAUAUUUAGUCUAAUAUUCGAAUAUUAAUGGACGAUCGUAUAUAAAUAACAAAAUUUUAAUUAGACAAAUAAAUAAGUUACAAAUUAGUAAGUUGUUUCUAUUUAUGGCUGAUAAAAAUUGUGUUUAUUAUUUAUAGAAUACAAGGUAAAAAUAGUUGUCAACACUCAUAACAACGAUUGUUCUUACCAUAAUUUUUUGCUCAAAAAAUUUAAAAAAAUCUAAUAAUUUUUUUUUUUAUUACAGUACAAGUUCAAAUUCAUUUUUGUUAUUAUUUUUCCGUCGUAAGAUAUCUAUAACGUACCGUAAUUUCGCCUAAUGAUAAAUUUAUCGCUUAUUAUCCUAUUUUUCCAUCGCUAUCGAUUAUGUUGCUAAUCUUGUUUGUUAUAUCAGUUGAUACAGUUAAACGAUGUGUACGAAACCGACCGUUACGACGCAGCCUAUUCGAUACCUUUGAACCGAAUCGCGUGUUAACAGUAAAAUAUAUAUUUUUUUUAACACAAUAAUAACAAUAAUUUAUGAUACAAUCAUCCAUUAAUAUUCGAAUAUUAGACUAAAUUUUUUCGUUCGGCGGAAAAGUGAAAGGUACAGAUGUACGAGUUCGGCGAAAACUGGUAACUCCCCAAAAUUAAACCGCAAAAUAGUUGAUAUUCGUUAAUAAUAUUAUGAAACAAUUUCGAACGAACUGCCAGGCCCUGAUUUUUACUCACGUGAACGUGGUGCACGUUCAUAGACCGCCCACAUAUUAUUAGCGCUCCUUCUCACUCUAUAUCAACGAAAAAAAAAAGUUUUCCGUAAAGAUACUUUUGAUAUGCAUGACAUAAAUUCUAUUCUGAUAAUAUUUUGAAAACGAUUUUAAUACAGUUUUAUGAUUUUAAAGAAUCAUUUAUUGAAAUUAAGUCUUUUUAAAAUCCUUGUUAUUUUUAAAAAUAUAUUCAAAAUAUUAAUAUCUUACAAUUGUACUAAACUUAUCAAUGCGAAUUGCACGCAUUUAUUGUAGUAGUAAUAACGUUCAUUUUCUGUACUUGAACGCAUAAAACUCUCAUGUGUGUUCUUCUUAUUCAAUACAAGAAAACUUGAAUUACCUAUCGUUACUAGCAAUCAAUCAUGAUAUUACGUUUAAAGACGCACAAAAUAAGAAAAAAUGCUUGUUGUAAUUAACUUUUAAAAAAUUGUUGUGUUUCACAGAUAAAACCUGUACUCGGUAAUUACGAGUUAACCUUAAAUAUGCUAUUUUGGUUUUUGAUGGUUAUUAUUAAUAUAAGGGCCCUUAAGUAAGCGGUGCGAACUGUUCAAUCUAUUAUACGGUACUUGAAUGAACGUUAAUAUAGAAAUUCUUUUUAUCGUCUGUGUAAUUCGUAUAAUAUUACUUUAAUUUCGAUGUAUUUAUAAGAGCACUCUUAUGGAAGAAUACAAUUUUUUUCAGUCCGAGUACUUUUAAACGUUGCGUUAUCGUUUAUUUUAGUUUAAAAUAUUAUAAUCACAAAAUCGCGAUUUUGGAAUUAGAACUUUUACAAAUUUAAACCAUGUAUAAAAUCGUCAAAUGACAAUAUUAUAUACUCUCUUGUGGUUUUUUAAAAUAUUAAAAUAUAUGUUAUACUCGAAUCUUGUUUAAACAUUAAUAACUAUACAAAUAACAUCGUGAAUUUUGGCGUUAAUAAACAACUGUACAAAAAAUAGAGGUGUGCUCGACACGUUUUUACGAAUAUACUCGGUGCUAAAAUUGUAAAAACAAUAUAAAAUAGAUUAUAAAACAAGAGCAAAUUAGCGUCCCUUAUUGCGAUUAUUGAACUUAACGAAACCAAUGUUGAGCGCUUUUUUCUAUAGCGACUUUAGUUGAUUAGACCAAGGUAACGAAUACUAGGUAACACGUACCUGUAGUGUCAUAAUUUGCACUACAAUAUUACAAAUUUCCUUGUAAUGUUGUAUUAGGUGUACCUAUAGCAAGAACAGUACGUGAACUUUGUUAAUUUAAUAGUUUAUCAUCCCAAGCACGUCGUAUCCUGCCAAAUACUUUUCGAAAUUUAUAAUCUCUAUGAAUCCUGCGGGUUACGCUGUUGAGAUCGUCUUUUUACUAUUUAUACUAUAGAAGCAUAGGUUACCUUAGGUUGUCUGUAUACCAAUAUUAUUUAAAAUAUAGACAGCCAAAAUCUCUAAAUAUAAAAUAGGACCUAUAUUUUUCUAAACAUAUUUUUUAUCUUUGUUUAUCUCUCUCUCUCUCUCUCUCUCUCUUAAACAAUAUUAAUGGGUGUAGAGGGGCCUACGUUAUGUAUAUUAUACUAUUCUAAAAAUAUUGGCCUUCCUGUUAUCAAUCCAUUUUUCUGGUAAAAAUAUGUUUCGUUCCCGUUAUUAGCAGACAUAAUAUCGUCCUCACAAUAUUGACCAUAGACCUUUUGGUGCCCACAGUGACGUACCUAUCCAGAAAUUUCUAUGGAGGUUGGGUACCUUAAAUAUGAUUUACAAAAUAAACACAAAUCAAUUAAAAAAGACGGGCGAACAAAUUUUAGCGGGGGUAUUAUAACACUGUACGUCCUGGAUUAGAUCUCUUUAUUUAGGUCUAUAGUACAGACCUAAAUAAAAAUCCGUGCGUGUAUAUUAUAUACUCCAUAGACGUGGGUACUCAACGCUAUUGUAUUAUCUGCAGUUGAUGAUCGAUAUUUCGCAACUGGAAACAAGGAUCAUAAUACACAUAAUAUUAUUACGUUUAACCUACAGAGUUGCAUUUAUAGACAAUAUAAUACUAUAUUAUCGACAACGCGUCUCCGAAAUCUGCCACUGCAGUACUUUGUCGUUACCGCAACAAUAAUAAUCAUACUAAUCGUAAUAAUAAUAAUACAACAUGUAUAAAAAACGACGCGGUCGCAGAAUAAGGAUAAGAAGAAUUGGAAGGUAAACGGGGUGACGGCGCGGACCGAGGCCUGAGAUCGGCCUCGUCCGAUAAGGCGUGAAGGUGCUCAACUCAUCGACCGGAGAUUUCCACUAUACGAAAAAAAAAAAAAAUCUGUGUCGCUUGUAUUACCCACCGUCUAUAAUAAUAUUAUUGUUCUCGUCGUGUGUAUUUAUUAUUAUUAUUAUUAUUAUGAUUAUUAUUGGCGUUUACACGGCUUUGCGUGUGACCUAAAACACCAAGUGUGCGUCGUCGUCGUCGUAAUCGCCGUCACAACGUCAUGUGCGUCUCAAAAAGCGUCUAUAAUAUUGUUAUUAUUAUUAUUAUUAUUAUUAUUAUUGUUGUUGUCGUUACACGAGUGUAAUAUACUUGUAUGAUCUUAUAAUACGAUGCUUAUAAAUCGCUGCGCCGUCUGCGAAGCAUCUGCUGCUGUUGCUUCGCCGCCGUCCGAUCAUCGCCACUGGGAUCCCCUAGUGUCAGUCUCAGCCAACAGAUUAUAGGAGAGCAGAUUUCUGGAGGUUUUUUUUUUUCGAUUUUUUUUUUAACCCCGCCCGUCAUUGUAACCGCCUCCGUCGGUUCACACGCGCGGUCAUCAUUCGUAUAAUAUCAUAUAGAUUUAUUAUUAAGUGUAUACAGGGUGAUUCACUUAUAAAUCGGCGACUUUCUCCGAGGAUUUUUAGUGAAUUUCUGUUUAUUUUUAGCGUAUUUUAAAACCGUUUUUAAUUGUUUGCCCAAUAUUUUCUUAUACCUCAAACGAGCAUGUUCUAUGGAUUUUCAAAUAGCAAUCUCCCGCCCCUCCUCAAAUUAAAUUAAAAUGAUUUGAUAAUGAUUGAAAAAAAAAACAUAUAAAUCAAAUUCACUUAAAAUCCUCCGAUAAAAUCGCUGACUCAUGAUAAGAGGAUCAUCUUGUAUACAGAGUUGUUAUUUUAUUACAUCAUUGUUAUAAUAUAUAGAAAUAGUAAAUUUGUUAUAUUUUUUUCUUAGAAAUUCUUUUAAUGUGACUUUACAAUUUUUCUGUUGACAAGACUUUUUAACAAUUUUAAAAUUUUAAAAUAAUUCAAAUAUUAUCCGUCGAUUAAAAUAUAAUGUUUCUUCGUAUGUAUUGUACUUCGGAUGUCGAUUCAAUAAACAAAGUAACAAACUAUAGUAAAAUCGAAUGCAUUGUUGCGCUAAACAAAAAAAAAUUAAGUUUAGUUAUAGUAAAGUAUCAGAUUUUCAUUAGACUUUUCGUCUUCGUUUUCUUAAAAUAUUAGUAUUCAAAGUUACUUGAACAAAAGUACAGCAUAAUAUUUCAGUAUUUAGUUUUUCUUUUCUUUCUUACGUUAAUAUGUCUUGUCUGGGGGUCAAAGAAAAAUAAAAUGUAUGUAACGCAAAAAAUACAACGUUUUUUGUUAACUAAGCAUUAAUGCGUUAUUUUGUGAAUUGAAAACUAACGGAAUGACACGUUUCCCAAUACACAUUCGAAAUGUCCGAUGUUGACAUUUAUAAACACAAAAUUCCUAUCAUAAACCAUUAUUUACAAAUUACUUAUCGAUGUAAAUAAAAAAACCUCAAGAUCAGGACAUAAAACAAUAAUAUUACGUUUUAAAGGGAGAAAUUUGUUUGUUAACACAAUGUUAUCAUUUUCACACCAAAUUGUUCAAUUAUGUGAAAAAAUGUUAUAGGCAUAGUACGUACGUUUGGUGUAGAAAUCGAUCGUCGAAUAGAAAGUAAAUAUUUCGCAGCUAUUAAAAUAGUCGCGGUUAGUAGUUCAUUAUAAUUAAUACAAAUCAUAUCGGUGUAGAAUUUGUAAUGUUUUUAUUAUUCUCAUUCGCAACGAGUUUAGGUGAAUUUCCCAAAGCCAGAACCUAUAUUAUAGUGUACAUAUUUAUAUCUAUUCGCUUAUCUAUAAAUACGAUCGUAUUAGUGCUCCGGGUAUAUGACGGUGAGGUUAGGUUAGGUUAGGUUUGUAACGAUAUUUAACAAUAAAUUAUUAAGAGGAUUCAAAUAUCCUUGUAAUGUUGUUAUUUUUGCGUGUUAUGCAGCGUUUUCCGAAAAAUAAGACCAUUGCACUGUUUUGUGUUUGCAGUAUGUGUAUAUUUUUCCCGCUAAUUUCGGACAUUCAUAGCAGCUCUCUCCGGACCGAACGAGAAUUGGAGUUUCGUUUUGUUUGCGCGAGUUUGCGCGAUAAAAGUAUCGUUGAAUAUUAAUAUGAAGUGUUCGUGUUUUGCUUUGUACACCUAUACAGCCGAGUGAAUGAAGUCGUCACGGAGACGCAGUGUCUAGGAUGCGCUUUUAGAGGAUUUCAAUUUUCAAUCCUCUGUUUCUAUAAUUUUUGGAUGAUUAAAUUUUUUCGAAUUUUUUUUUUUUGAAAAUAACAUAAUACUUGUAAUAUAAAUAACACAUAUUUAAAUUCGUUUCGCAUAAUAUAAUGGAAGCAUAAAAGUUACAUUCUAUACAUGAAGAAACCAUAAGCAUAUAUUUUGUUUAAAUUAAAAUUUUUUUUUUUCUUGCGUCGACUUUUUAUCGGAAACACAUAAUACUGCAGGUUAUUUUUUAUUUAGUCGUGCACCGUUGUCGUAUUUUUUGUAAGUUUAUCACAAUAUACAUUAUGACUUAUAAGUAUGUCGUCGGCGUAGGUGCACGCGGCCAAACGAGAUUCGUAUGCACAAUGUUACCAUUGUGCUAUAAACACUUCCGUGUUUUCGUUUUUUUUUCUUCUGAAUACCAUCGCCCUUAAACGUGGUAUUUUUUUUUAUAAGAAUAAAUAAAUACAAUUAUUAUAUAUACACGCAACUUGUUCGUGUUUGUGUUUUAUGACGCACUACGCUAUGUACGUAUUCUUGAAUAUAAUGCGACAUACGUCAUAUUGUUUAUUAUUAUUCGGACAGACAAACUAUUGAUCGGCUUGUGGUAUGUCGAACGAAAGAGAAAAGAAACGAUAUGGGUUUUUUUUUUUUUUUUCAAUGUACAAUCUGUACAAUAUAUUAUAAUAUAAUACCACUUGGAUUUCAAAACGGACAAAAAAAAUAAACUUCGUAAAAACAAACCAUAUACACCUGUAUAAUGGGUAUAGGUAUAUAUAUAUUGUAGUACAAUACGAUUGCGUUCAUGUAUGCGGAUAUUUUGUCACGUCCGUGCGGGGGAGGUUGUAGCAUUUUUACCGAUUUCACCCUAACCGUUAAAACGAAAUUAUUUAUAUUUUACCGCGCCAAGCUAUUUUCCUACCUCUUAUCAAUCACUGGUGAUAGUUGAUUGAAAAAAAAAAAAAACCGUACAUUUUGCUACGUUUGAUAAUAAUAAUUUGUUACGAAGUCAUCCCGAACAAUUAUUUGUACUUAAAUGAACAGUUGUGAAAACAUACAAUGACUACUGUCAUUUUUAUUAGUAAUAAUUUGUCAACGCCUGAAUAGUUUAUUUCAUUUGUUUGGUAUUUGACAAGGUGAAUGUGGGGGAGACUAAAACACACUUGCCCUCCUUCUGAGCACGCCAUCAUUAGUUGUGUCUAUAUGCAAUCGAGUUAAGCACCAUGGUGCUUCAUCGUUAUCGUUAUGUUGUUAUCAAUAUUGUAGCGUACUUCCUCUCAUAGAGCGUAAUAUUAUUAUGUUGUAAAAAAAUUGACGAUAUGCGUGUAUAAUAAUAUGCCCUAACAAAAUUGUACAAUAUAGCAGUGGUUUUUUCAAACUGGGUGCCACGAGCGUCGUUCACUAGGUUCAUCGCGGUCUUUUGAAAUUUGUUUUCCUUAAAUUGUAACGGACCCACCGGUUACGUGAAGUCGUAACUCUUUUGAUUAUGACUCGUUUGAGUAUGACUCAUCAUUAGUUCUAAUUUUGUGCAAAACAUUAAACAAUGACCAAAAAGAAAAAAGUCACAGUGCGUCGUGAUGGUCAAAAAAAGUUUGAAAACCACUGUGAUAUCGUAUUUAAAUGAUAAUGUUGACAACGUUGACAAUAUUUAGGAUUUAGGACAUAAUUAAAUAGUUUCCAUUUAAACAUUUGCAGUUUAAUGGUAAAUAAAGAAAACGAUUUGGUUUGAUUACUUAAGCGUUCAUUAACAUUGUAAUUAGAUAUGUCGAAAUCGAAGAAAAAAAAACCCGAGAAGAUAUAAUAGUAACGAUUUUUAAUUUGACUGGCUAAACGCGUAAUGUUUUUUUAUUAUUGGACUCGUUGUUCAUUUGUUAAUUAUUUCGAAAAUCGCAUUAAAAAAAAAAAAAAACAAAGAUAUAACUCUACUCGGCAGUAAGGUUUCUUGUCGUUAUCAUCGCGACAUUAAUAAUAUAACAACCGCCUUGGCUCAACUAAUCAUUAAGAAGGUGCGAAUGCGAACGCCAAUGCGAGGACCGACGUUUUCUAUAUCCGAAUUUUUCUUUCGCUUUUAAUUACGCAGUGUAUUAUUCAAUUUUUAAUCGCUCGUCGUGCAUUGUUAUUUACGCACUUUAUGUCAAAAAGAUCCGCAGGCCCGUUCAAUUAUAGUUCGUUCCGGGACGUAAAUUCUCGGACGGAGGGGGUGGGGGAAAACAACGAUUGUCACCAUAAUGUUAUUAUUAGGCGAGUUUUGCCGAUGCCGUUUUGAGCCACCUGGUUACUAGUUCGGUGAACAAACUGUUUUGGCGACAUAGUUUACGACGGUAAUUGUUUGAUAGCUGAAUGCACGUUUCGGCUGCCGAAAAGUUUGCAUCGCCAAAAUACGCCUAUUAUUAUUGCACGCGGAAAAAUUUCGCAAAAUGGUAAAAAGCGCCCGAUCCUCGAGCUCUCUCUGGCUCGCACGUGGACUCCCGGGAGCUUCCCGUCCGUCGCGCGCCAAAUGGUCGUCACGGUGCCGUCGCCCCCGGGCGGUCGCCGCGGCGCGGCCGGUGUCCUCGCGCGUUCGGACUCGAAAACGGGUUUUUCUCUCUCGCGCGCGCGCGUAUAUAAUAUUAUUAAUACACCGCGUUUACCGCCCGGGGCCCCGACCGUCCGUGUAUUGUUUACGGAUAAUUUUAUAUAUACGUGUAUAAUAUAAUACUGUCGUAAACGUUCGGCGUUAUCGCACGCACGUGAACGCGCCCUCGGCGAUGCGACCGGUGGUGGUGUGUGGGGGGAGGCGGUGAGAGGGAGGAAUGGAGAGGAAAAAAAAACGAAAUAUUACGUAGUCGCCCGUCGACGCGCGGCGGCGGUGACAUAUUGCCGGACCCGACGAGAUCACGUUCCUCCCGCGCCGCCCGCGCUUCGCGUAAUGCAUAUCGCGUGUACUUACCCCCCCGGACAAGAGCGGUUCACACGAAUUGUUUUAUGAAUUUUUUUCUCUUCUCUUCUGUGUUCGUUUCGUUUUUUUUCUCCUAACGCGGUCCGCUCGCCGCCGCCAAGAUACGCGCGGUUUUAUUAGUAUAAUGCGAGAGAUCGCGCGCGCGACAAGAGACGAGCGUGCGCCGCGUGCACGCUGUACGUCAUAACGCGGCGGCGGCGAAUACAAGACGAACUGAUGUCCAUCGCGAGAGACGAUCGCCGUUCGCCGUAUAAUAAUAUUAAUAAAUAAAAGCCGGAAAGCGAAUCGUAAUAAAAAAAAAAAUCAACGACUACCCCUUCUGUCGGCGCCGCUCGUAAGAGCGUUAAAGAUCGUGUUCGUGUUAUCUAACGCAAUAUAAUGUAGUGUGUAUGGCGCACGCGAGUUGUGAACGUUUUUUUUUUUGUUUUUUGUUUUUGUUAUUCGUUUACGACAAACGCAAAACCGACCGUGGUGUUGUAGCACGCACGAUAAUAUAGUUUUCUGUUGAACGUCCGAACGGGUUUUAGGUAAUACGAUAUCGUAAAAGCUAAUGGAAAUUUUCGAAAAAUUGUGACAAAAUCAAUAAUAUAAUAUAUUCGGCCCGCAUUAUUAUGUGUCGGUAAUAUCGAGCGCCUAUUGAAUGAACACAAUCGAUGAAAAAAAAAAAACCAUUCGAUACUCUCCGCGUAAUUAUCGGGCGAUUUUUUUUUUAAAGCAGUAUCGCGAUGUUAUGAUUUUUAAACCGAUAUGUGUUUUUUUUUUUUAAAGAGGAAACACUGCGUUGUAGGUUGAAAUCGAGAACGUAGGAUUUUCAACAUGAUUUGAAAGGCCGUGAUUUUCGUUAACAUUUGAACUUAAAAAGCAUAUAAAUAAAACUACUGCACUUUACGUUAGACUAAACAAUAUUUGCAUUCGGAAAAGAAUAUUCUACAUUUUAAAUUCCGAGCCAUUUUUCUGGUAGAAAAACCAAAUCGAAAAAAUCUAAAAUAACGAAACCGUUAUAGCCGAGAUAUGUUUGUCUGGUUUUCCUAUACCCUUUUUUCCCAAUUAUUAAGAAAAACCGCGCGGAAAAUCAAAAACAGGACCUCCCGAAUUACUAAUUACUAGUUAGACAGAAUUUGAUUUCAGAAAAUCACUAUAGUCGAAAAUUAGAAGAAUAUUUCUGGUAGCAGUUAAUAAGUUCAUUAUAGCAAUACCAAUAUUAGCUCGCUACAUCUAAAACGAUCUUUUUUUUUACGAUCCAAAAUAUCGUUAAACGCUAACCUUACGAGAGUCUGGCAAAAAUCGGAAUGUCUAUUGUUUUGGAUCUCUAUAAUAUAAUACGUGUACCUAUUAUAAUAAUUAAUAUAGGUCAAAAUGCGGAUAGAUCAUACGUGCGUAGGCUGAUUAAUGGGGGAGCGAGUAAGAUUUCUAAAAGGUCUGUUGUAGUCCGGGAUCCCAGAACUCUAAAGAAAAAUGUGGCGCCUAUCCAAACUUUUUGAAAACUUGUUAAACAACUGCAACAUUUAAAAAGAAUCCUUUUCUUAUCCUCCGUCUUUGUUUUCCAAGCUCGAUUCACCCGACACAGUCCUUUCUUUUCGGUCCUUACCUUCUUCUCUCUCUCGUUUCUUCGACGGCUUCCACGUUCGAAAACUAUUUGUUAUAAAAGCCUUAUUUUACUUGAAUUUCUAUUUAUUUAUUUUUUUCAUUUUGUCGUCGAUCCUAUAAUAAUAAAUCCGCGCCGAUGAAAAUGAAUUCGGUCGGCCGUGACGUUAUACGACCUACGGGUAGGCACACAGAAGCAGACGAAAAUUGCUCGCGUUUAGAAACGACUGUCACGCCCGUUUAGGUUUUUGCGACGCGUUUUUAAAAUCCGAUAUAGUGACGCGCGAGUCUCGCGGAUAACCGCCGUCUCCUCUCACCGCACCAACGACACAAGUGGCGUUCACGCUCCAAUUUUCCAUUCCGGUUUUUCCUUAGAAAGCGAACCGAUCAAACCCAACGUCAUUGUGUACGGGCUGUUGUCGUGGUGGUCGCGAUCUACAUUUUUUAUCGCGCGGAAAUUUUCCGCAGAUAUCAGAAAUCGGUAAAAAUCUGCCGCGGACGCGCAACAACAAUGGGUCGUAUUGUAAUGUGCGAGAUGUGCCUUUCUCUGAUCGGCGACGGUCUGAUUAAGUACAUAAUAUUAUCAUAACAUUAUGUACGCGUAAUAUAAUGUUGCAUAGUAAAAAAAAAAAAAACCCAUCAAUGUAACACUUCGUUUCGCUCAAAAUAUAUAAAAAUACGACGAUUCAGACCCUGGAAUUAAACAGUCCCGUUUCUACGGCCCCGGCGAAGGUUUUUCGUUGUCCUCGCUUAAAGCAUACGACUUCCCCAAAGUUCCUUUUAUAUUACGCCGACUGUCUAUCACAAUGACGGUAAAACCUUUAACACUAUACGCUAUUUGAUACCCAGUUCACGCGCAAUACUUCAGUGUUCGUGAAAGUAUAGACGAAAAAUGUCGGAAGAAUGUGAAGGGUUAAGCCACGCAAUAUAUACCUUGAUAUAGACCCCCCGCACCUCCGAAAAUAUUAGGAUCAUAAGGUGUGUUCACCUGGAAAAUUUUCUCAUUAAACCGUUUGUCUUUUCAUCUCAAAAUGACGACUCGUAAACCAUCAUCAUAGUCAUAGCAAAUAAUCCCUUCCCCCCUCCCGGAGUUGAAAACGCCCUGUUUUCUUCUGUCCGGGCGUGUGAUAUCACGAGGUGAAAAUACUAUUAAACUUUAAAAUCGCUGUUUAGCCGGCAGCGCACGUGUAAUUAGAGUGCAGGCUAAAGCCCAAACAAAUUUUUAAAACUUUAUAAAUAUAAAAUAUUAUAAGACGAGUUGUACGAAACCAAACUUUAAUAACGGUCAUCGUAAAAUUCACAACAAAUUUUAUUUUGUCUGCGACCCGAGAAAUGCGUGUUUUAAUUUUAAACGAAUUAAUAGAAAUACUUUUUUACCUUAUAGAACCACAAAUUUUUCUACGAUCAUAAAUGACGGAGCUUAGCCCCCUAGGACACCUUAAAUAUGACCCCGCGUUCAGCCGACCCCUUCAUCACAGAAUAUACAACUGCGUUCGCUGUCUAGGUAUAUUAUUUUUUGUUCGCUCGGCACGUGUAUAACAAAUAUAUCAUGGGAGUUUUCGGUUUUCUAAUCGGGUGUUGCGAUCUUGUCGAGGGGAUCGUUUACAAUGUCGCGCGGACGUGUGCGACCAGCAGUUUUGGAAAAUAAACGUGUACGGAAAAAAAAAAAAAAAAAAAUCGCAGUAACGUACGAUCGCUGGGUCCGCCACCGACUCGCAAGUUUCCGAGAAUGGCACGACCGGUGUAUUUGGCGUUAAAAUUUAUAAUAAAAAAUUCGUUCAAAACACGAACGAUUGAAAAAUUAUUUUUUUUUACUCGGUUAAAACCAAGUACGAAAAUGUUAAAUUUAACGGAAAACGUUUUACCUAGAGCUCUCUUCUCCGUAGAAUCGUAUUGUAUACAUUUGCAAUGAUUCAUCGUGGAAACUUGAACUAUAAUAUACAUUAUAGGUAUCUAUACUUGAUGUAUCUGUUUUACCAUUACAUGUUCCCGCGUCUAAAACAGUGAGCACACUAUCGGUUUUCUUAUAUAAAUAUGUGUAGUUGUUCUAAGAGAGGGGAAAAGAAGCUAUAUGUUUCAACAGGCGAAAUAAAUGACAUCGUACAAAAAGCAGCGAUCUUACAAAAUUUUCGGUUCGGAUAUGAUUGAAGUUUUGCGAAAACCGUUUGUACACAAUCGUUUACACCAAAAGUGAAUUCGAUUAUUUAUCGAAUAAACUUUAUGCUCAUAUUCGUAUUCUUAUAUAUAAUACGUAUCGCGUAAUGGUAUUAUUCAAAUCUUGUUUCGUACGAUAUUGUUUGUUAUUUCGUCGGGCGUUCGCUCCCUGCGUAAGUUCAAUAUUCUAUAAUUUAUGCAAAGCAAACGUCUAUAGAAUGAUUCGGACGUGUUUUGUGAGCUGACGGCAAGUUAAUAAAAGUGGUAUCAAAUAAACAUUUAGACGAUCGUGUUGGAUUAGGGAGAUCCAGUAAGGUCCCACUGGAUGGACGUAAUUGUUCCGCGAUACGGAGGAAGAGAACGCGUUUGAGGUGGAUAUGUUUUCGCGACACCAAAACACGGUCUUCGGAGGACCGUCGAGCCGAGCAAGGAGACGAAUAACGGUACCGAAAGAAACGGAAGGUUUUCGGUUCUUUAAAACAGUUAAAAUCCAAACGGCAGUUUUUGUUUUUUUUUUUUCUAUUCUGUCUGUGACCCGUAACGCGAGUUGUGGCGGACGGAAUUUCGAAACCCGUCCCCCGAAUUCGGGCCCCCGCGGAAAAUACUCGGGCCCGGCCGAACCGACGGCGUACCGCGGCGACGGUAUCGCGUGCGGACGUGAAGCCUCGCGCGCCCGCGGUGCGCUUUGUCGUCGGGCUCCCGAGCGCGGUCACGUUCCGGUGGGACGCGGUCGCUCGCCGGUGCACGGACCGAAAAUCGCGGCGCGGAUCAAAACGUCGGUUCUCGAGAUAAACGUAUCAACGACAACGGGGGGGGGGGGGGAAUAUAAAAAAUUACCCGUAAACAGUCGCGGCUGGCGGUAGUAAUAAUAUAAUAACAACGUAUACGCGUCGCGUUAUAAUAUAAACGGUAUAAUAUUAUCGCAUUAUGACGCGUGUAAAACCGUGUUUCGGUCACACGGUCUCGGGGGAGGGGGGGACAAAAAAAAAAGCCCGCCGGACGGCUAUCUCGAUGCGCGGUCGCUGUGUUCGGCCGCUUUUUCUACGCGCGCCACCACGUCGCGGUAGUGUAUCGUAGUAAUAAUAAUAAGAUGAUAAUAAUAAUAUUAUUAUUAUUAUUAUUAUUAUUAUUAUUAUCAUCAUUGUCGUAAAGAGUAGAAAAUAAAACACGUCGUCGCCGUCAAAGACACCUUCGACUACUCUAAUUGUAGAUACCCAUCUGCCGCCGACAGGUGGUGCUGGUGGCGGGACACCGGCGGCGGCGACGACUGCGGACCACAAACACGGUCGCGGGUCUCCGCGGUGGUUUUUUUUUUUUCUAAUACUCUUAUAUUACAAUAUUAUAUCAUCGUAUAGAAACGUGCAUAGAUAAUAUUGUAUAGAUACAGAGGCGUGUAUACAGGGUGCGUUAGUUUUCUCGUUUUGUUUCUCUGUUUUUUCGUAUUACCGUCCGACACGAAAAAUAUUAUACUAUGAUAUUUUGUAAGAGGACGCUUUAUCCGCACGCACGCUGCCGUCUCUCGGUCCAAAGAACUGUCAAUACAGCAAAAUCGACGUUCGGCAGAUCGCACAGAACUCGCAUAAUCUCCUUUUUUGUGUAAAAGCGCCCGUUCGUAAAAUUAAAAGAAGCCCAGACAAUGCGUUUCUUUCAUUAAACGUUUUGAGUCGUUUAAAAACCAAUUAGUUUUUAUUUUUAAACGAUGUUCAGUUGACAUAUCCGGAAUAAUGAUUAAAAUAAUAGGCAAAACGCAUCGUCUUGCCCGCCGGCAAUAUUGGCUUUUUAUUUAAUUUUAUAAUAGGCGAUUUUUUUUUUUCUUAGCAUAAAACCGAAAUCAAGCGCGAAGCGAGUUCUACGCAGUCUUUUUUAAAGUCGAUUUUGUUGCAUUGCCCGUUUGUUGGACUAAGAGAUAGCACACGUGCGUCCUCCUGAUUGUAACGUCGAAUCACUCGGUCGCGGGCCUGUAGCGGACGGAGACUACAGCGCCCCUCGGCUUCGAGUGGCGGAGUUUCUGAUGGAAUUUUUUUAAUCUUUAGCUGGUGGUGACGGUAGAAGGGGUAGUUUUUUUUAAAUUCCUUGAAAUUAAAACAAACGUAUUAGCGAACAACUGCCGACGAUAUUAACUUUUAACAUUGGUGACGAGCAUAAUUAUUUCAAGUCCGGGUCUUGCGACAAGACCAACUACUGCAGUCUUGCACAUUUGUAUUUUGUUUCAAUAUCCCCCCCCCCACAAAAAGAAAAAAAAAACAUUUUCAGAAAACAAAGAAUCCUCACACUUGAACCACAUUUCGAUGAUAAAUUAAUAAUCAUUGAAAACAAGGUAUGCAAUAAUAAUAACAAUAAUUUAGUCUCUCGUCUUGUUUUCAAUAAUAUGUCGUUUCGGUCGUCAAUAACUAUAAUAUUGGCAUAGUUGUUGUUCUAUACCAAAUUAUCGUAACAAUAUAAACACUCAAAAUAGCAUCGCAGGAAUAAUAUUAGUCCACGCAGGCCAUACGUGAAGCAAUAUUAAUUGCGUUUAUUUUCCAAAAUCGACCCAGACGUUUUAUGUGGGAACACAAAAACAGGUAGUGGGUAUAUCUAUUAUUAAAGUCGUUGAUUUACAACACUACUAUGAUUGUAAAUACUAAUAAUAGAAUUUUAUUACGGGUAAUUGUGUUUAUUAUUAGGUUUUUGUCAAUUAAAAGAAAAUUACAAAUGUAAUACUGCCGGCAAAUGUACAAAAAUAAUACAAUUUAUAUUAUUAUAACAAAAUGUUUAAUAAUAUUAUUAACAUUUUUGUAAUAAAACGAAUUAUAAUAAUUUACAAAAUUAAUAUAACAGUUUACAUUUUUAAACAAAACAUAGUUGAUAUUAAAUUGCGUAUCAUUAGCAAGUAUGGAAAACGUUUUUAAUUAUGUAUUUGGUUUUCUUUUAAUUUUUCUGAAGUUCAACAUAAAAACAUUAAAAUAUUAUAUUAUAGUAUUUUUAAAUUUACAAUUUAAUAUUUUCUUAAUAUUUAUUAAUAUUGCAUGGUACAUUUUGUAAAAAUUAACAAAUGUAUUUUAUUUGUAAUAUAAACUAGCUGAAUAACCCGGCCUCGCCCGUGCGCAGUUUUUUUGUGUUGCCUACAAUUUUUAUUUAUCAGUUUUUAUAUUACGGUUAUAGGUUGUAUUUAGAUGUAUCGACUCGGCGUUGCCCGUGUAUUGUAACAACCAGGAAAAUUACAUAUUUUAGUACUUCUAACACAAAUUAUAAUAGAUAAUUCUUAUCGAAGAAAUAUUGAAAUAUAAAUAUAUACCCUAUAUUACUAUAGUAAAUCUUUUUUAGUUGAAAAAGAUAUUUUUGAAUCGUUUUACGUUUUAUUAUCAUUCGUAUUAUUCUUAUUAUUACAAAAAUGGCGUUGGUAUUAAAUUUCAAAAUUACAAUGAAAUUAACAAACAAUAUUCAGUAGAUACCAUAGAUAUCACAUAAACAACAAAAAUAACAAUUGUAUUUACUUUGUUCUAAGGUAACCCAACCAACAAAAGUUAUACCAUAAAAUACCGAAAUUAUUGUGUCGGCCAUCCUUUAAGGGUGGAAUUUUAGAAAUUUCAAUAGCUAUAUAAACCUUCUCCGAAUCACGCGGAACGUUUUGCAAAAAAACACCGUUAAAACCGGACCGUAGUUUUUGAGUCUAUAAAGGACAUACAGACAGACAGACAUUUUUUAUAAUAUAUAUUAGAAACAAAUAUUACUCAGGAACCGCGUGUUAGUUUAUAAUAUUACGUCAUACAAGUGCGGGUUACUGAAACUUGGCGCUAUUGUACAUCACCGCGAAACCGGUAAAUAAUAAUCACAGCUUUAUUAAUCAUCUCGUAUCAGUUAUCAGAAUUACUACCGCUUUUCCGUUAACAGAACUAUUAUUACCGUAUAGAGUAAAAAAAACCUAUUGUAUUAAUUAAUUCUCGGUUUUACGGUAGCUAUGGUUUAUUACCGUUUAAACAAUUUUCCUCUGAUAGCAUUAAUUAUUUGCCGAGGUAUACCUACCGAAAAAUUGAUUCGAUCGAAAUUAUCACAUUUAUCGUUCCGGACAAGUCUGUUAUGAAAAAAAAAAAAAAAAAAAAAAAGUAACCAUCGCGUGCGACAACAUAAAAUACACCCGGUACGUCCGUGUACAUCGUGUUUUAAAAGUCGUUUUCCCCCUCGCCGGACGCGGUUCACCGGAGAGACGCGUGCCCAGAAUCCGCGGCGGUGACCGCCGCCGCCGCGCCGACCGAAAACAACAACAAAAAAAAAAUAAUAAUAAUAAUAAUAAAAAAAUAAAGUACGACGCCGUAGCCGCCGCAGACCGUGUCGCACCUGCUGUGACGGCGACAGGUGGCUCCUCGCGCUUUUUUUUCCAUCGCGCGACCCAAAUCGACGACCUACGACCGUGUGCGGGUUGAAUAACAAUAAUAUUUAUUAGGUAUAUAACGCGAUCGAACGGGCGCGUCUAAACUCCGCUACGAGUACUUUUUUUUUUCUAUCUUUAAUAUGAUGUCCGCCAUGAAAAGUAAUCGGGUAAAAUCGAGCGAGUUCGUGUAAACUCCGCCGGAGAAGAAAAUCGAGUAACGGUAAAAAAUUAAUUUAAGAGGAGGACGGUUAUACGAUAAUAUGCGUUUGUUGUUCCCGUCUUACAACCACGCGAGAGUAUUUAUGGGGAAAAAAAAACGCUUGCGCAGACCACAUAGAGCUCGCUUGGUUUCGGUUUUAAAUUAUAAGCGCCCAUUAUGGAAAUUAAUAGAGAACAAUAUUGCGAAGAGCGGAAGACGUUGCCUUUUUUUUUCUAAAGUUUUAAGGAAAUUAAAAAACUGUAGAAAAAGUCGUUAUUUAUAAACGGUAAAUUGGCUAUUAUAUUCGGAUAAAUGAAAAAAGACGCAACGUUUCGCCUUCCGGAAUAUUGUUCUCUUUCGAUUUUUUAAUAGGUGUUUUCAUUCUAAAACCGAAAUUAAGUUUUGUGCGGUCCGCAUAAGCAUGUGUCAACUAUAACGUGCGUUUGUAAGACGGAAAUAACAAAUGCACGCGUAUCAUAAUUUGCAUAAUAAUAAUAUUUAUAAUCGUCCACAUUAAAAUAUAAUAGUAAUAUGCCGAAAAAUAUAUAAAACUUAAAAAUACAAAAGUUACUCACUUAACAGUAUACAAUUGAUACAAUCGUAAAAUCGUAAUUAAUCGAUUCGACGCGCAUUAAAUUAUAAUAUCGAUUGACAAUUUUAGUAAUUUCGAGCGUUACCCGUAACGGCCGUAACAGGGUAAGAAAAUAAAACUAGAGGAGUUUACAUUAGACCUUUUCAUAACAUUUUCAUCCAGCCGAAAUUCUGACGGAGUUUGCAAUCGCCCGGAUCGAACAGCCCCGUUUAAAAAGCCGAAAAAAAAAGUAAAAGAACACCCGGUAUCUAAACAAAUAUUAUCGUUUAUUGCGUUUUAAUCGUUGGACGUAUACGGGACUGGGAAGAGGAUUGUUUUUUUUUUCGAAAUUCCGGGUGUUCUCGUGUCGCGCGUAUACAAAAAAAAAAAAAAAAAAAAACCUUAGCAACGAGCGCACCCGAGCUUAUCGUUUAAGCGCCAAAGAUAAGUAUACAAUUUUUUUUUUUUAUAAGUGCUAAAUUUGUGCCAAAACUAUAGUGUGACGCAAUACAAUACAAUGUGCCAAAGAUAAAAUUAUAUACGUUGUAUUAUCCAACAUAAUAAUAUAUUAACGACAUGGGCGCCAAAGAUGAACGGAAAUAAUUCAUAUUACAUAAUUGUGCCAAAUAUCGUUUUUAUAAUUCACUAUUAUACGAAUAAAUCGAUGAUAAUAAAUUACGUUUAUUAUUAUAAUUUUUUUUUUUUUUAUACUAAACUUGAUUUUUAACGAUUUUUCCGUAUUAUUGUAUUCAAUUUGUCUUAUUUCGUCGUCGCAGGCUAAUUUCGUGAGACAAGCAAGUGCGCGGGGAGGAGAUUACGAAAACAAAAGAAAAACAAUUUAUAAAAUAAAUUCAUCGGUUAUUAGUAUAUGAUCGAAAACGCAAAUUAUAGUUUUGCACAUUAAUUAACACAUUAAUGUUCAGGAGUCUCGCAGAAGUAAACUCUCUCAAUACAAUCAAUAACUGUCAUUGACCUAGAUGUAAAAAAAAAAAAAAAACAUAAUGAGAGAGGGGUUCAACUCACAACCGCCUCCUUACGCACGGACAUGUCAAGAGAUGUGUCAAUGUUUCACGCUUUUUUUAAAAAUAUGAUUUAUAUAUUUUAUUUUUUCUCCUUUCUCGACGACCGCUAUCACCUACGUCGUAAAUAUAAUUGUACACUCAUUUAUAAUAUGCUUGUAUGUGCAGACUUUUUUUUAGCCGCGUUGCGUUUGUACAUACCGUUGUCCUGUUUAAACAUAUCGUCUGUACCACGGGUGCCGGCACGAUUUUAUUUCUCGUGUUUCUCAUUUUAUCGCGUCUCAAUUGAUUUUCCAUCGUAUAUCAUUACAAUAUUGAGAGUUUUGUGCAAUACGAAAAAAAUGUAUGUAACUCAAAAUUAAAAAAAAAAAAUCCUCCUAACGCCAAUUUAAAUUUUAAAAGAGUAAUAAUUUCCAACAAGUUUACUUUAAUUUUUUAUACUAAAAUAAAUAUGAUCGUGUUAUUCAUGUUUACUGCUUAAUCGUUUAAAAAGUUCAUUGUAUUUUGGGGUAGAUGGAUGAUGCGGGGAUCGUAGCCACCUCUCCACACGGGUUCGUGUCUGCUUGUUCUGGAAAUUUGUGUGUUGUACGAAAAAUAAAAACAGGCGCCUACGUAUGUUAUUAUAAUAUGUAUCGAUGUGUGUGUGUGUGUGUGUGCGUGUGUGUCGAAUACGGUUUUCGGUAAACUUCGAUGAAUUUAGUCGGCGAAUGUAGUCGACAGAUUGAGUAAUCACUCGGUCGGCAUCGUUUCCUAAACGAGACGAAUGCGACGAACAACGAUAAAGCCCGAUAACUUACUUACCUACGUUUCGAAAUUUAAAAAAAAAUAAUAAAAUACCAUCGCGGUCUUUGAGUUUUCGCCGUUCCCGCCCGUCACAUAAAAAUUAUUAUGACAACACAUUGUCUGUCGUGCGCGGCGUGUGAGAAUAAGAGAUCGCCGACGAUCGUAAUCUCCAAACGGUUGCGACACGACAAGGUCACAGAGGGUAAGAAAAUAAUAAAAACUUUUGCGCGUAAAUUUCGUCGUGAAAUUUAAAUUUCAAAAAUCAUAUUCAACGCACGACGCGCGUACUGGACCGUGUACAACCGCUAGGUCGGCUAUGGUAUCGUCGUCGAAUAUUGCGGACACUCUCGCACGGGAAAGUCAUACCGCCUGUAUAUACGAUAACAUAUCCAGUGGCGUGACUCCCUAGUCAGGGGUGGGCUCACACAUCGUCUUCGGCGGUGACGGGGAAAACAACCUACCGUCGAAUUUUUUCCUUCCUCCUCCCCCUCCCGAACAAAAAAACACCGGUAUAACUUGCGUGGCAGCUCAAAUAUUAUUUUCCCGCCGGGUUACAAUCGCCCAUAUAUAAUAAUUUCAGAUUCCGAGCGUAGCGAGGGAGCUAUUAGUUUUACUAAGAUAUUUUUUUUUCUUCUUUCCUCUAGUCUGUGGACACGUUUUUUCCUAGUAAACUUACUCCGAUUUUUACGUGUUGCAACUUUUCUGUAAGUUCAAAUUGUCUAGAAGCUACUAGAUGAUAAGAAGGUAAUUUUUUGAUUUUCCACGCCAUUUUUUAAAUAAAAGCACUUAAGGGGGAAAAAAACUUAGGAAAACGUACAAUUUCACAAUUCCAUAAUUGUAUAAAACACGGACGACGUUUUCUACCAGAAAAAAUGGUUUAAUCGAAAAAUCACAAGAUACCUUUUUUCUAUUUUGGUUUAUUUUCUUACGGUAUCAUCUCCAAAACUUUUGUGCCACUUUUAAGCCUUUAAGGAAUUUUAAUUUUUGAGAGUUUUCGCUGUAAUUCGAUUAUUAAUAAACGUAGAUACUUGGAAUUUGGUAAUAAUACUUAUAUUGGACUUACCUAGCCGUGGUAAAAUUUCUAAAAUUAUCGGACGACUUAUUUUUAAAAUCAAAUUUAAACGAAAAUCGCAAAAAAAUUACGAAAUUUCAAAUUAAGUCUGGUCCAUCUCCAGUGUCAGCCCUUUUUAAAGCUCGAAAUGAUAUUGUCCUUGUCUAUAUACGUCGUUUUUGUAACGAUUAAGUGAAAUUCGAUAAGCGAAUAAUAAACGUACCUUAAUGAAUCCUUAGUUAAUCCGAGACGAACCGAAUGAGUCGUGUAAAAACUAAAAAGUCAGGUACUCCCCCGAACCCGAGCAAGGUACGAGGGACGAAAUUUACCUACCGCAGAUUAUACGUAUAUAGUAUAAUCUCGGACUAGUCAAACUCCGGGUGCGCCGACGGCGUGUUUUGUGUGUGAUAACCAACUUCUCCCCCCCCCCCAAUUGUUUUUUUUUCGACUAUAGUUAUGGUCAGGGAGGUUGUAAAACACUAAACCCGCCCAAACCUCCAGUUCCCUUACCCGCUCAUUUAUGAAUACCGACUGCCGCCGGUGACUGUAAUAUUAUUAUUACCCCGUCGUUUAAUCGCCGUGCGAUAAUGUUAACGGUACACGCGCCGACAACAAUAAUAUUAUUAUUAUAUUUCUACCAUAUUAUUAUUAUUAUAUACUGUGUGCAUAGAGUGACGGUGUUUUUCGAUUUUCAGACUCACGGAGAAUCAAUGCCGUUCAAGUGUCAAUUCUGCCGGAGGCUGUUCAAACACAAACGCAGCCGAGACCGGCACGUCAAAUUACACACGGGGGACAAGAAGUACAAGUGCACUCAGUGCGACCAUGCUUUUUCAAGGAGGUAAGUACCCGGUGUUGCGUGUGUGUGUGUGUGUGUGUGUGAGCGCGCGCGCGCGUAUAUAAUACGCAUAUAUACGUAUCUACGUAUAAAUAUAUAUGUAUACAGAGAGUUAUACGUAUUAGGUGUAUAUUCCGAACGUAAUAAUAAUGACUAUAUCAUUGGGAUUUCACCGUAUCGACCGGCGACGACGCACGGUUUUCCAUUGUGAAAUUCAUAGUCACGUACGUAUCGUAUAAAGAUAUUUGGUACCUAGUUGACUUAUAAUAUACGCGCCGAAUUCAAUAGGUUAUUUUCUUUAUUAUUUUUCUACAUUUUUUUAUUUCACGUAAUUACCGAUGGCCACGCGUCCGAGAGACGAUUAUCCACGGGGAGAGACACACGUAUCCAUCUAUCCGUAUAUAUAUAUAUAUACAAUAUACGCUAUCUGUGUGUAUAUAUAUAUUAUAUGUAUAAUACAAUAUUAUACAAGUGUAGUGACGUAUAUACACGCGCAUACGUACUAUACGCACUUGUAUAUAUAUAUAUAUGUACACAAAUAUACGGUCGUGAACUUGUCAAACAGACGGACAAAAUGCACACGCGUAUACGCAAGCACGCCCACCCAAAAAAUGUCAUGCAGACGUGCUCCCGAAUACAAUGCUAAAGAAUAUUAUCGUCGGCGCUCGCGCGUCUCCGAGCGCGCGCGCGCGCGCCUAUGGUAUGUGCUAACAAACUAUUGUGUGCGGCCGCCGAAUGGACGUGCGGCCGCAAGUACGUUGAACCAAGGAGACGCGUGUCCUCGCGGCACACAUAUACGAGUUAGAAGCGAGAGACGAAAUUUGAAAACAGAAAAAAAAAAACAAAAAAAAAAAAAAAAAAAAACAUAAUAAUUACUAAGGAAAAAACUGCCGGGGUAUCCCCGCGGGGUUUCGGCGGAUUUUCUCUAACUCCGACGCUAAUCUGUACGACAAGAGUGCCGGCGACGUGUUUUUGCGUUGCGGUAUGAACGCUACUAUACAGCGACUUCGAAACUUCCGAGUAUUUACUUUUUUUUUUUUUUUUUUUAAAUUAUUAUUAUAUUAUCUCCGCGGCGGUUUUUCUCUCCGCUCGGGUUUUCGCCUCCGUUCCCGUUCGUCUAUACGCGGCUGUAUAGGUAUUUACGCGAUAGGCACCCGGUCUGUAUCUAUGUAUAUUAUGGGGGCCGUUAUCACCGACACGAACGCUUUUGUUUAUCCGAUUUUCAUAUUCCGUUUAAGGGGAUUGGAAACAACGAGUUUUUUUUACCUUGUUUUACACACGUGAGAUGUAGGGAUGUAGACGUGUUUUCAUGUACCGAUAAAUCUAAUGAAACGAUCAGAAUUCUGGAAGCGGAUUUUAAUUUUUCGUCAAGUCUGUCUACUUGUCUACUAUCGACUUUCCAAUUUUUUAAAUUUAGCUCCUUAAAGUCUAAAAGAAACCAUAUUAAUAAAAGAGUAAUUAAAAAAAAAAAAUCGAAUAUUUUAAUUUCUUGAUAAAUUAAAAUCAGAAAUCAAAAAAGUGGGAAAGUCGAUCUCAAGUAGAAAGACUUGACGAAAAAUUCAAAUCUGCUUUCGGAAUUCUGAUCGCUUCACUAGAUCGAUCGGAACGUUGGAAUUAAAACACGCAUAAAUCCCUAUAUCUCACGUGUGUAAGACAGAAACUCGUCGUUUCCAAUCCCCUUAAAAAUCCGCGAUUACGUCGGCGAAAACGGCCCUGAAUCCUGUUACCGUACAACGUACGAUUUUCAACGGUCGAAGUCCCGAACCCCGAUCGUCGAAAGGCGCGAUCGCCUCAAACGUUACUGUCGGUAAUUCGGUAAACGGCUGUAAACCCGCGUAUUAAAUAUUUACGCGUCGCUAAAAUAAAAAUAUCGAUACAAUGAUUGAUGAUGAUAAUUUACGUUUUUUCGUUUGUUUUUUUUUCUCCGUCAGCGAUCACUUAAAGAUUCACAUGAAAACGCACGACAAUCAAAAACCUUUCCAGUGCACCGUGUGCAACAGAGGGUACAGCACCGCGGCCGCGCUCACGUCGCACAUGCAAAACCACCACAAGCGGGCCGCGGAACGGGCCAACUCGCCGCAGAUCACGGGCCCGUCCUACAAGUGUCUGCAGUGCACGCAGAUAUUCCGCAAGCCCGACGAGUUACAGGUUAGAUGCGGAUUUCAGAUUUUCGAAUGUUUUUUUCCGGUACGCCGAAAAUAAAAACGGCCCCGAAAUAACCCAGAAAACCGUCCUGUUAUUAUAACCCGCCAAUGGUGUCCAAUGUUUCCCGACGUAUCCCGCCGCGUUCAAUUGUUUUUACCGAUAUGUUUUAAUCGCUUUCGUAUUGAACCCGCCCCUAAAUCGUAUAUACGAAAUCGAAAAUCGUCCGCGCCGCGCCCGUUUAGACGGGGUGGGUUCGGUACAACUGUGCAAAGGUCCCUAUAGUGAUUUAUUAUAAAUUCGAAACGAUCGACUUGAAAAUACAAUGAUUAUUUUUAUUGGUAAGUUUACCAUUGAAAACGGGACGGCUACAAUAAUUUAUAUCGGAUGCUACAUCAUUAUUACCCGCACUUAUUACUGUCACAUUUUACGCGGUUUUUAUUUUUGUAUUAUACACAUCUAACACCAUUUUCGCAAUAGAAACCAACACCUCGAAUGAAAGUUGAACCGCUAGAAAGUUUUUUACGUUUAGCGUUUUUUAGUUUGUUAUGUUUUAGUCCACGGCAUUGGCCGCUAGAUGGUACUGUCGGUACGGGACACAAAUAUGUAAAUACGUUUUUUUUUUUUUUUACGAAAUCGUGUGGCUGUUGGUUUUUACUCGUUAAAAACAAACGCCGCACGCCGCCGUAUCUUGUAGAUCGAUAUACUAUAAACUAUUAUAAUAAUAAUUAUUGUCGGACCCUCGGUUUCCACAUUCGUGUUGUUCCUGUAUAAAAUCGGUGCCCGAUGGUAAAAACUAAGUCUGCGAAAAAAAAAAAAAUAAACAAAUGCGCAUUAGAUAAAAUCACACAACGAAACUUGUUUACACGUUUUUACGGCCGUUAACCGGAUUCUUUUAAUACCGCAGAAUCACACCGCGACGCACCAUCUCGGAGAACAGCUGUCGUCGAAUUCCCGAAGCUCAAAACGUUCGACACCGCCGAAAACGCCCAACCAAUACAUAUGCAUGUAUUGCACCAAAGAAAUGCCGAGCAUGGACGCCCUGCAACAACACUUCCAGACCAAACACUGUGAGUCUUACGAUUGUUUUAGUUAUACGAAUAACGGUUUUAACCGAAUUUCGCCGUUUACAGCCGCCAUCGUCAACGGCAAAUCCCAAGAAGACGUCUUCUCGGCCAUACCGUCGGCGGCGGCCGCGUUCCCGUGGCUGAACUUCGCCGAUUCGCCGGCUCUGGCUUUGCCGCCCUACUCGUGUCGGCUGUGCAUGAGCCAAUUCCCGUCGGUCAGUUCUUUGCAAAAACACUUUACGACCGCCCACUAUCUAAACUCCGUCCUCAACAACAACAUUCAAAACACCAACAACAACAACAACAACAACGGGUGUAAAAACGUCGGCAUGGUACCGCUGUUCAAUUGGCCGACAAUGACGAACGGAUACCACAACAACAACAACAACAAUCAUCACCCGCCGCCAGCCGGUGUCAGCGCCGGUGCAAGUUUCUUGCCCGAGGAAACCGUCCAAACCGGUCCCACCGACUUGUCCGUCUCGUCGUCCAACAAACACAACGCCGGCGGCGGCGGCGGCGGUAAGCACAAUCAUUCGUCCUCGGGCAAGCACAAGUCGGCGGACGAUCCGCGGAAUCACGGGAGCAGCAAAAGGUCCCGUUCGUCGCACGGGAGCGAGUUGCUCGCCGCCCAACACGUGGUCGACCAGCGUCCCAUAAAACAGGAACGCUGCGGGUAUGACGGCGGCAAGCAACAGCCCCAGCAACCCUCGGUCAGGCCGACCGGGGUCGCGGGUCUCAUGGGCAACAAGAUCCAAUUACCGUGUCCGCACUGUCAUCUGACGUUCACGCACUUCGAAGACUACCAGCAACACGUCAUCGGUCACUUCCUGAUGGCCGCCGCCGAGUACUCGUGCCAAGAGUGUUCCACCUCGUUCAGCACGUCCGAGCACGUCCAAAAACACCUGAUGGAAACUCACGCGCAAAACUUCUAUCGAUGCAUGUUGUGCAAAGAAGUGUUCCCGACCAAAGCGGCCCUGAAGGUACACUUCAGCAUGAACCACGGUAGCGAGAACCGGAUGUUCCGAUGCAACAACUGUACCGGGGGAUCGAGACCUCUGUUUCACACGGAAAUCGAAUUUAUCGACCAUCUGAGAAACGCGCAUUACUCCGCGAGAUCUCCGCCACCGGUCCAAACGAGUCUUGUAAGUCAUUAAAGUUAACCGUUAGUCUGUUUGACUCCUGCACUAUGUGUUCCGAUGAUCGAAAUCUUUUAUUAUUAUUUCCUUUAGAUGUUAAGAUGUUUAGUAUGCCACGCCACGUUCAACUCGCAAUCUGAUAUGGAACAACAUCUAGCUAGUCAUUCCAAACAAUUCCAAUGCCAGUUUUGUUCGGAAGCAUUCCAUAUUGAGUUCUUGUUGGACAGACACAUACAAACGCAUCACAGCUCUGCGGUAAAUGUCCAUUAAGUUACUACUGUAACUUUUUUUAACGCAUAAAAUAGUUCGGUGCAUACCUAAUAAAUGCCUUUACAUGUUUAUUAUUUACAGAUUUUAAGCCAUCUUAACCGAAAUCACAGGGAAUCUCCAAAUUCCAUUUGCGCUUCGCCAACGUACAUGUCCAGGUUGACCGAUUCCGGCAAACACCCGACAGAAAACGGAAUUAACGCGUGCGAUAUAUGCGAAAAAAAUGAUUUUCGUAACGAACUAGAUUUGAUUACACACAAAAGAACGCAGCAUCAGGUCAAACCCACGAAUCUUUCAACAAAAGUAAUUUUUUUUUUUUUAUAGCUUAUUAAAUUUAAAUAUAAAAUGUAAUUGUUUAUUUCUAAAAUGUUUUUCAGGUGAGCUUGCACUGUGCGUAUUGUAACGAAAAUUGCAAAUCGAGAACAGAACUGGAAAACCACAUGAAAACCCAUUCACAACACGGUUCGAAUGUUGGAAAACACAAAUGUAAUAUUUGCGAUGAAAUCUAUCAGUCCGCUAUUAGCUUGGCCGAACACAAACUCACUCACUGCAAGGUAAAUACACUGAAGACGACUUAUCGUAUUGGCUAAAUCACUAGGGUCGUUGUUAAGUUUUAUUUUCUUUUUUAAUAGGUGGCGACAAGUACCGUGUGCAGUCACUGUAAAAUGAUUAUCGACAACGAGGACCAAUUCUAUCAACAUCUCCAAAAGCACUGCAACCCGGUCAAUGUGAACGGCAGUCAAGUGACUUUUCCCACUUCGUGCAUCAUAUGCAGACAAACGUUAGUCUCAGACAUUGAGGUCAAAGUGCACGUGCACUAUCACCUCUCACGGCUCAAAGAACCACCAGCCAUGUGUAGCAAUUGUAACAGGUACAAAUCAAGUCCAUCGUCUCCAUGCACCGGUUGUAAUCCUGUCAGAAAUGCCACUGAAAGGUGUCCAGAUUGUGGUAUGACGUUCGAAACUUUCAUUUCGCUACAGCACCAUCUGACCAACGUCCACAGAAAACCUUUCCAUUGUUUUAAAUGCAAGGUAAUGAAUAGUACAGAAAAUCACCAAAUAAAAAAAAAUGUCUAACAUACUGCUCUGAUAGUUUAAACCGCCAACCAAUUUUUAUUUUUACUCUUUCAGACUGUCUAUUUGGUAAUAUUAUUACUAAUACUUGUAUAAGUGCCACACGUUUAAAUAAUUUGUUAGAUUCACAGUGAAUCAUUCACCCACUGUGCGAUAAUUAUAAUAAUUUUUAGGAAAGGAAAAACAAGGUGAAAUUUUCUGGAGUUUAAUUCCGUUUUUGAUUUUCAGAUCGGAUUUGAAUUACAACAAGAAGCUACAAUCCAUCUCGGCACACACCUGGCCACAUUAAAUGGCUGCGUGGAUGGUAUUGAAUGCGGCCUCUGCCCAUGCGUGUUGCCCACAGCCAACAGUCUGCAGACACACUUGAUCGAGCAUACGUUUGCCGGCUGUAAGGCGUUCACAUGCUACUUGUGCUCAGCGAUAUUUACAGCGCCAACAGGACUUCAGGCUCACAUGAGCGUUGACCAUUCCACAGAGACGCCACCGUAUGACUGUCCUAGACCCAGCUGUCAGGCAAAGUUCUUUUUCACGGCCGAACUGGACCGCCAUACACUCGAACAUCAAGGACAAGACGUGCUCGCCAAUGUAAGUCACCAUUUGGACGUAUUUAGAACACAUUAGAGGUUAUCAGGGAUAAUAGGAGACUUUGUACGAUUAAGGGGGAUGCAUUGGGAAAUGUUUAGGAAUAAUAAUACGAGUUUCUCACCUUCAGUGUGCAAAGAAUCAGAUUAUAAAUACUAAAUAAUAUCUAGAAGUAACGAAUAAAGCAGAAAAAAUAAGAGGGAAUAGAUUGUGAUUAAAUGGUAGAGAUGUUGAUUAGGUUUCAGGCGCUUUAAAAUGCGGUAUUGGUUUUUUUUUCCUUUGUCACCCCUAUUUUUGGGGUUGAAACCAUUACUCACUUUUGAUUUUUAAAUAGCAACCUUAUAAUUAAAAUAUUCACAAUAAAACCUUAUCUAUUUUUAGGAAUUUUUAAUUUAGAUUGUUAUAUGAAAAUUAAUAUUUAGUGUUGGUGUCACCCCUGAACAUAGGCGAGACAAAAAACAACAGUAUUGUAACAUUUAGAGCCACUUGUUUCUUAAAUUUUUUAUAAACCAAAUACCGAACAAAGUUAAUACAUUCCAAGAUAAGAUGUGUUUUUCAAUAAUCACCCUGAAGAGGUCCUAAAUAUAUUAUAACUACAUGUUUUCAGAUUGGUUUCAUCCUGAACCAAAUCAAUAAUAUUCCAUUAUGUUCGCUUAUUUUAGAUGAACUUUUACAAGUAUCAAAACAAGCUGAUGUCCAUCUGCGAUAAAAUUCCAUUCAAGUGUACAGAGUGCUACCAGAGUUUCUUGACGCAGACAGAUUUACAGUGUCACAUGUACGAGCACCACCAUCAGAUGCAGAGGGAAUCAUCGUCGGUGUCUGAGAACAAAGAAGGUGUGAAGCAAGAGGAGAUAGUAGCCUGCAUUGAACCAGUGAACGGUGAUGUGGCAAAGGAUAAUGAGGUGGAUGAUGCAGGGGACUCUGAAAAACCGAUCAAGGUGGAGAAUCAGCACGAACAGGUGACCAUCAAGACGGAAAAACAUGAAAAAGAACACCAUGACGACGACGAUGACGAAGAGCUAAUUGACGUGGGAGUUAACAAUCGUAUCGAAGUAAAAUCGCGUGCGGAAAACGAUGUAACUGCCACUCAUUGA